UAUAUACAUCGUCGACGAUGUUCUCCUUAAAUCCAAAAGAUGUAAUGGUAUCAUUGAACUUAAUAUACCAUUGUCGGGAAGCUUGUUUAAGUCCGUAUAUUAACUUCUUUAAUUUACACACCAUAUGUUCUUUUCCCUCAACCACAAAACUUUCAGGUUGAUCCAUAUAGACUGCUUCAUCUAAAUUCCCUUUCAGAAAGGCGGUUUUCACAUCCAUCUGAUGGAGCUCUAGAUUAUAAUGAGCUACCAUUGCCAUGACAAUCCUUAAGGAGUCUUUCUUAGAGACGGGUGAAAAUGUCUCUUUAUAGUCAACACCACUUUUCUGAGUGAAACCUUUGGCAACAAGUCUGGCCCUGUGUCUUUCGAUAUUGCCAUUAGAGUCGUGUUUGGUCUUCCAGACCCAUCUAUUACCAACUCUUUUACAACCUUCAGGCAAAUCAACAAGUUCCCAAACUUCAUUUUUAUAUAUAGAUUUCAUCUCUUCUUUCGCGGCAGCUAACCAUUUAUCAGAAUGCUCACUUUCCAUGGCCUGUGAAAAUGAAACUGGAUCAUGAUAGAGUCCUAAAUCAGAUUCUAACUCGUGAAGAUAAACCUCAUAAUCAUCAGAAAUUGCAAGCCUUCGAUUUCUUGUAGACCUUCUUAAUGCGAUUUCUUGUGGUUCAUCUAUGUUAGGUUCAUUCUCAAUAGCAAUAUUAGGUGGUGCUUGACCGUUCAUUUGUUGUUCCUGCAAAUCACGGGGUUCAUUGUCUUCUGAGCGCUCUUGACGACGUUGGCUUGAGGUACGAGGAUAUCAUUGGGUCGAAUUGGUCCAUCGCACAGUCAGCCAGUUUACUGCUGAACAUCGACAUUUCCCUCAUUAGAUCGUUCGCAAAAUAUAAGCGGUUGUUCGUUCUUUUUAUUUGUAACGAUUGACUCCCGUUGUAGGCGUAUCAUUGGUUCGACUGCUAUGCGGAUACGAAACUGACGGUUCUGUUCUACUCAAAAUGAUUAGUAAGUGGCAUAUCCUAUAUUUGACAUUUCGAUCAGACCAUUUCUGUUCAGAACGUCAAAGUGUGUACCUAAAGGUAAUUUACCUAUUUUCUUACUUACCAUUCAGCUUGAUUCUGUUUCUUGGUACAUGUUGGCUUAGGUGGGCAGAAAAUUGGAAAUUUAGAAUAGUUCUUUAGAGCAGGCUCCAACCGGCAACCUCCCUCAGCCCUCCGUCCUAUCCAUCCAGAAAUUCCCAAUUCCUAACUUCCGUCCGAUUUCAAAGCAUCUCUGAACUCUGAUCUCUCUCCGGCUUUCGUUUUCAUCUCUCUCUCUCUCUCUCUCUCUCUCCUUCACUUUGUCAUUGUCGCCGCUCAAUCGGCAAUCCCGUCGUAGCUCUAUAAAACACUUUCCCAGUUCCCAUUUCUCCCAAACUUCACUCUCCCCACUCAUCAAUCAACCUUCAAUCCCCGCCUCUGUGGAUCGGAAACUGAAUUCGCCAUGGAUCCCAAUCCCAAAUCCUUCCCGAUUCUCUCCUACGUCAUGCAGCGCCUGCCGUCGCUCAGCCCCAAGGCUCCAGCUGCUGCUCCUCCUCCGGUCGCCGCCUUCGACGUCGAGCAACCGCCGCCGCCCCGCUCUCCCUCCGAUCCUUCCUCCUCCCCUUCCCCUUCCUCGUCGCCCUCCGGCCAGACCCGGCUCCUCUCCGCGAUGCCCAAUCUCAAGGACCCGGAGCUGCUCGCCUCCAUGACCACCGCCAUCGCCGACGUCUCCCAGACCCGAGCCAUCCUCCACAGGCUCGGCCCGCGCCCGGACCACGAGACCGUCGACAACGCCAGGGCCAAGCUGGCCGACAUCGAGGCGAAUCUGUCAAAGCGCCUCGAGGAGGUCGUCCUCACACCGCGACCCGAGGACGCCGACCUCUUGGAUUGGAGGGAGCAGCUGGCUAAGAAGGAGGAAGACUGCCGGCAAAUCGCCGAGAAGGAGAAGAGCCUCUACCUGACCAUACUGCAGCUGGAAGAGAUGCACGUCGGAUACGAUAAGCUGUUGAAGGAAGCCGAGCAGCGGCUGGUUCAGAUGUACGAGAACGCCGAGCGGGUUGAGGGCGAGGAAGAGCCGGUCCCUCAGGAGGUGAAUGAAGAGGUCGUCAGGAUUCUUCAAGAGGCUUCCGGCAAGGGAAUUGAUCAGGUGGAUCUGUCCGCCAGGAAGCUGAGGUACUUGCCUGAGGCCUUUGGCAAGAUUCAUGGCCUGAAAUUGCUUAAUCUGUCCAACAAUCAACUUGAGAUGGUUCCUGACUCAAUAGCCGGGCUAGAAAAUCUUGAAGAGCUCAACCUUGCUUCAAAUCUUCUGCAAGUGCUACCCGAUUCAAUUGGAUUGCUGCUUAAUUUGAAAGUCCUAAAUGUCUCCAGCAAUAAGCUAGAAUCUUUACCAGACUCCAUUGCUCACUGCAGGUCAUUGGAGGAAUUGGAUGUGAGCUUCAACCGGCUUACCUACCUGCCUACAAACAUCGGGAAUGAGAUGGUGAGUCUCCACACUUUCUCUUUUCAGCUGAACAAGAUCCGCUCUAUCCCCACUUCCAUUGGCGAGAUGAAAUCACUGCGCCACCUCGACGGCCACUUCAACGAGCUCAAUGGGCUUCCACACACAAUUGGGAAGCUGACCAACCUCGAGACCCUAAACCUGAGCAACAACUUCACUGACCUGAGGGAGCUCCCUGAAAGUUUUGGCGAGCUGUUGAGCCUGAAGGAGCUCGAUCUCAGCAACAACCAGAUCCAUGCACUGCCCGAUACUUUUGGGCGGCUGGAGAAUUUGGUGAAGCUGAACCUGGAGCAGAAUCCUCUCGUAAUCCCACCGGCGGAAGUGGUGAAGGAAGGGGUACAAGGCGUGAAGAGGUACAUGGCUCAGAGGUGGAUUGAUAUACUGAUGGAGGAAGAGAAGAAGUCCAUGCUGGAGACACAGGAGGAAGGUGAAACAGGAUGGUUGACCCGCAGCACUUCCUGGUUGAAAAACACCGCGGUGACUGUUUCCGAGUAUGUCAGCCCAAAAGCCCCCAGGGAUCCAUAUCUUGAUCAGCAGCUAUAAAUAAUUCUAUCAAGUUCCCGCAGCUUAUUGGAGCGUCGUCUUCAUAUUGUAGUACUUUGAUCUAUUGGUCGUUUUCUGGUUUGGUUUUUCAUCUUUUCCAAGAUAGAAAGAGAACAGUGAAGCAGGGGUUUUGUUUUCUCAUCCCCCGUUCAUAGUCAUAGACAUGUCGCACCAGGGUUAUAGUUUCUCUCAUCUGAAAUCAAUCUCAGUUUUGGCGAACAAGGUUAGUGUUGUCUAGAUUCGUUUGUUUCGCACGUUUCGACGUUGAUGUAUGAACUAACUGCUGCUAUUGCUGAAGCCUUGAGAAAGUUGAAAGGAAAUAAAGAAAUAAUGAAGAAGAGUAUUGAUGUUUGGACUACUGCUAUUGACCGUGGCUUGGGGUUGAAUCCUUCAGAUCGAAGGAAAGCAAGAUCUUGUAUGGAUAGAGGAUCUGGGAUGGGAUGGCAUGGCAUCACCAGCUUGCUUGCUUGCACUCGGGUGAGUUCUGACUUUCUGAGGAAAAGUUAUGCAACAGUAAUACUGCGAUUCUGAUGUGAGUGAUCUCAUAUGAAUAUGAUGGAAGAGUCUCUCUCAUGAUCUAUUCCUCGCAACUGUAUCAACCUGUUUACUGCUUUAUAUAUAUGCUUAUAUGCUUUUACAAGGGAAACUGGGCAAGUGAAGUGGACAAUGUUCUUUAUAGCAAUAGGAGAUGAAGAUAAGAUGCCUGGAUACAAAAGCUAGAAAAUAAUAAGAGUAUCUAGGACGGUCAUGGAAAGUGGAAAUGCAAUUGCGGUUUCCGAUUAUAUUGAUGGAAAUUCCAAUUACAACAAUGCAAGCUAUCACUUGUAAGUUGUAAUUCAAUAUAUAUGCAAGUCACGUUGGCACCCAACUCGCUUUUAUUGGGAUCUGUAUUUUGUUUUCUAGGGUUUGCCCAGUGUAGUGUAUAUUUUGUGGGUUGCAUUUUUCAUGUGACGUCUAAGUGGUUUCGAAGAAAAUUCGGGAUGGUGAGGUAGCUUAUGUCUUUAGGGAUACGCUUUUGGAGGAGAUAAAAAAUUUGUGAGGCUCGUUCCUGGAGUUGCAGGUUAUUUUUGUUGGUCGUGACUGUAAUAGGGUUGUCCAUUUGAUGGCAAGAAAAACCCUUUCGUUGUCCCCUCUCCUUAGUGAGGUUCAAUUUUGUUUCUUGGCUGUUUUCAGCUAUUUUAAACUUUGUAUCUCGCUAUUUUCUCGGUAAUACGAGUGAUCUUUUGGUUAAAAAAAAGAGAAUCCCUCUCAAUAAUAAUAAUAAUAAUAUGUAUCUUUUAUAAAAUGUUAAUUUAUUAUUUUAUUUACUGCUCAUUCCCAUAGUACACUCCAAAAUUCAAAUGCAUAAAAAUUAAAUUUAAACAAUAAAAUGAUAUAAGAAACGUCAGCUCUGAACAAAACAAAAACACACGCAAGAAAAAAAAAUAGAAAUAUCCAAGUCAUAAAUUUUUUUGAACCAUAAACUGAAACCAAUUGUCUUCAAAGACAAAGAAGUGACUCAUUUAUCCGGUCAAACAUUCUUCUUACACCUAGAUCCAAUUUUCUGGUCUCUGCGGAAAGGAGAAAAAAAUUCACGUUCUUCCUGGUCGGAUCAAUAAAAUUAUGAAAAAAUAACUCGAUUUUUUAUCGUGUAUUUUAACGUGCAAUGAAUUUCCGGGCUCAAAUACAUGAUUUUUUUUAGUCUUUACCUAUUACAGAUAAUCAGAGAUGGUGUGAUUUGAUUUUCUUUAUUCACCGCUCUCAACUCAAGUCUUAGGAGAAAGACACUUAGUGGGGAUAGAAAUAUUUGCUGAUAUAGUUAAUAAAUGAAAUAGUGAGUGGUGUGGUUAACAUUAUUCUUUUUGGAGUGACGAAUCUUGUAUGUAUUCCUAAGAAAAUGAAUUAGUUGCU